UUCUAUUGAACAGUCAAGUCAGAGAUCCGUCAUGCAGUUUUUAUUAGGUUCCGUUUUGUUAAAAAUAUAAAUUAAAUUAUUUAAUUACACUAGUAUUACAAAAAUUAACCCUGGAACUGCUCUGUCAACUGAGAACCACAUCGGAAUUAUCAAAAUCGAUACAUGGCACACCGGCAUGACAAGAACAACUGGGAUGAUGAAGACUGGUGCCACUCCUCGGGCAGGGACAGUGAUGACAGCCCCAUCAUCUCUUACAGGUACGAGAAAAGCCGUCGCUGCCCCCGGUACGUGUCCGAUAACCGGCCGGAGGAGAGGGAAAGAGAGAGGAGAUCCACGGUGACAAUACUAGCCAAAUAUUUCCUCUUCUGCACAGCCAUGAUUAUGUUCUGCGUACUCAUGUACAUACCAGUUUAUAACCGUGCUAAUACUCAGCUUCCGAAAGUCUUAGUCGCCGGCUGGUCAAUAGAUUCGAACCGCGACACCAGAAUCUAUGUGCAACCGAACAACGUCACUAUAAUCCACGAACCCAAUGACGUGUGCCCCAAAUCGACCAGAGACAAAAAGAACAAUCUAUUCCUACUUAUAAUAGUCUGUUCCUCCACGACCAACUUCGAGGAGAGACAAGCGAUAAGGGAAACGUGGGGUCAUUAUCAGACAUACAUGAAAAUCUCUCGAAUAUACCACACAGUUAGAGAGAGAUACAAAAACUACAAUUACACGUACGAUUUAUACCCGAUGAAUGGUAGCAACAUUAGCGAGAACGCCAGCCGGUCUAAACGGGACAUAACCAGUUUUAGCCGGUUAUUACCGGAAUUGGCUAAAGCGUUGCAGAGCGAUGUCAAAACUGAGGAGGUACCUGAGAAACGGUUUGACGAUGAUGACGAGACAAACGCUAUGCUGCCGGAGUUCGACAUGAAUAAGGAACUGAACGAACAGACGGACGAUUACGAGUUGGAUUACGAGUCUAAUAUAAUGAGUAUACCGCCGAAAGGUUACAGUGACAGUCAAGAUGUUCACAGACUGAUUAAAUUGAUCAAAUUCAAUAUGGCGCGGGUGAAAAGUGAUGUUGUCAGUGAGAAUGUUGUGCCUGAUUAUAAAGUCGUGUUUUUAUUAGGCAUGCCGAGUAAUGAUAACGAUUCCAGGAUACAGAACAAGAUCGAAGAGGAAGUGGAGAAGUAUAGGGAUGUUAUACAGGAGGGUUUUGUUGAUUCUUACAAUAAUUUAACGUUGAAAAGUAUAAUGAUGUUGAAAUGGAUCAAAAAUAGCUGCAAUGAGAGCGUUCGCUACAUUUUAAAAACAGACGAUGACAUGUACAUAAAUGUACCGAACCUCGUGAUGAACCUGAGGAAUAGAUCCGAGGAGUUUGAUGAGAAGGUGGCCAAAGGUUACAAGGGUAAAGAGUACCUUCUGAUAGGAGAUCUUAUACACGGCGCGAAGCCUGUGUUGGAUUCGCAUAAUAAGUGGUACAGUCCCCGCUACAUGUUCGGCGGACGUGUCUACCCGCGAUACGUGUCCGGCACGGGGUACGUGCUGUCGGCGCCGGCCGCGCAUGCGCUCUACGAGGCGGCAUUGACGACGCAUUUCUUCCAUUUGGAAGACAUUUUCAUUACGGGCAUGUGCUCGUCGCGGUCGCGGCCGCGCGUGGUGCCGCGCGACGACCCCGCGUUCUCGUACGCGGCGCGCGCGGCGCGCUGCGUGUGGCGCGCCACCGCGCACAAGGUGCCGCCCGCGCACAUGUACGCGCUCACCGCCGACAUGCUGCUCGACGGCAGGCAGGACGCUUGUGAAAGAAAACGGUUGACAGAAAUAAGAAGAGAGCGCCUCAAAGCAAAGAGAUGGUAGAGUGGAAACCCGGUUACGAACAUCGUGUAAGAGUUUUUUUUUUUAAUAUUUAAAUUGUGCCAUAAAUCAGAUGAUCAAUGAUUUCUUUUUUAUGGGAAAUGUUAAGAGAAGACAAGGCUUUAUUAAUUGAGUGAUCGUGAAUCACUGUUGUGUUUUAGAAAAAUAUUUUUAUUCCAAUAAAUAUACAAGGUGAACUACCAAAUUGUAACUAAGCAGCUAUAACUUGUAUCAUCACUAAAUUUGUUUUGACCGUUACAAUUAAUACCAAAAUAUUUACGGCACAGAUGGUCACAGUUUUUAUGUGUAUAAGGAUCAAAUUUCAUAGAAUAAAUGUCCAAUGAGAAACUUAAAGAGUUAUUGUUCCUUAUGAAACUUCCAAUGACUUCCAAUUAGUAUGAAGAUGUCAUAUUCGGUAAUUGUUUAAAAUUUACCGUAAUAAAUUUACCGUAAUAAAUUUACAGUAAUAAAUUUACAGUAAUAAAUUUACCGUAAUAAAUUUUAAUACAAAUGUGCCAUUGCGAAUAAAAUUUACCAAUUGCAUUAUUUUAGAAAAAAACGAUUUAAAAAAUAUAAUCAACAUGUUUUUUAAAAAUAUCAGUUUUUUUAACGUAUCAUUUUUUUUACAAGUAGGUUGUGUUCAUGUAUAUUACGAUGAAAUAUUUAUUUGAAAGUGUAAAUGAAAGUAAUCGAUGUAUAAAAAACCAUAUUUAAAACUUCUUAGUAUCCCAUUUUAAUCUUUUUUUUUUGUAUAUUUUUUUUAUAUUUCAUUGUCUUCCUUUUACUAAUAUUAUAUAAAAUCAGUACAGUAUUUCUUUUGUAAAUAUUAAAAAAUAUUUUCUUUCUCUAUAAAUAUUUUCAAUUGCGUCAUUUAUAAUAGUCAAGGGUUUUUUUUUGUGAAAUCAGUAUUACUUUUGUAUUACCUCUUUAUUAUUGUAAACAUUUCUGUUAUUUCUUUUAAAGUAUGAGUUUUUUUUUAUGUUAUAAGCUUUAAUUAUUUUUAUUGACUGAAAAAUCAGAUGAAAUUAGUUUUAAAUUUAAAAAGCUUGCUCAAUCUGAUCACCAUAUAAGUAUUUUUUCAGUUUAUUCAUUAUUAAUAACAAUAUAACGAGCCCUUACCGCCGACAGCAGAGGUUCUUACCUCCUGACGAUGGGUGUACGUAUUAAAUUUACAUAUUAAAAUGUUGCAAAAAGAGAAAUAAGCUAAAAAAAAAUAAUAAUGGGUCUAAUACAUUUCAAUGAUAUUGUCUUUAAAAUAAUAAUUGAUUUAGUUAGAUAAUUAGCUUACCAACUAUGAUAUUAAAGUGAUCGUUAUUUAAAAAAUAUAAAUAAUUUUUAAAGAAUUUUGAGUGAUAAUUUCAGAUAUAAUUUCAUAAUAAUUUCACAUGUAACAUACUGCUUAGUUGAUUCUUCUUCUUUCAAAAACAUACAAACGUAAUUAUUCGUGAAGUGUUCAGCAUAUUAGGUUAUAAUUUAUGAGUCACCUAAAUGGCAUGGAAAAUGUUCAUAUGAUUUAGUUUCGCUUUCAUUUCCAAUGUUAAAUUGAAUUCCAAUGAAAGAAAUGACAUUAGAGUGGCUUAUUUAUAUCAAGAUUUUCUCCACAAAAAAAAAAAUGUUAUUUGCUGUCUCAGCUAAUAAUUAUUUAUUUAGUUCACCGAAAUUUAAUCGAAAUCUAAUGUAUAUUUGUAUCAUUAUUUUGGAAA